AUGGAACGUCCAAUCCCACUGUUGCGCAUGCUCAGAGUUACAGCAAUUUGUGGGAGGGUACGCGAUAUGAUCAAACGCAUACCACACUCGACUCUCGCUCGUCCACUCACAUCAACUGAAAUCAAUCUCGCACUCCAGUUCUGCAUCAAGGAAACUCAACGUACUCAUUUCAACUCUGAACUCCAACUACUCGCAAAACAGGCAUCAUGGCCAAAGGAUCACCCAUUUGCUCGGUUGGUGGCUUAUCAAGACACCGAUGGCAUCAUCCGAGUAGGGGGGAGAUUGGAAAAUGCUCCAGACUCAGAUCAACAGAAGCAUCCUGCAAUUUUACCUCGUGAUGCUGCUCUAACUCGACUCGUCAUCUCUGAUGCCCAUCAGCGUACCAUGCAUGGUGGUACUCAACUCACACUCGCUCAUACUCGACUCCGAUACUGGAUCAUUGGUGGACGUCAACCAGUACGCUCACACAUACUCAAAUGUCUCGUCUGUGCUCGUCAUCGAGGUGUUCGGGCUCAGCAAUUAAUGGGACAACUCCCAACUCAACGUGUCACUCCAGCGCCACCAUUUUCUCACACUGGAGUCGAUUACGCUGGUCCAGUAUCAAUCAAAUCAUGGAAAGGUCGAGGAUCCAGGAUAUACAAGGGCUGGAUCUGUGUGUUUGUCUGUCUGACUACAUCAGCAGUGCACGUCGACCUUGUCAGCGACUACUCAUCAUCAGGAAUCAUAGCAGCUCUCCGACGGUUUAUUCACCGUCGAGGGGUAUGUACAACACUCUACAGCGACUGUGGAACAACAUUCCAAGGCGCAUGCUCUGAACUCAAGCGGCUCUUCACUCAAGGCACUCAAGAAUCUCAUGCUCUACUCGAUUGGGCCACUGUGCAUCAAAUCACAUGGCAUUUCAACCCCCCUGCUGCUCUCCAUAUAAGUGGUAAAUGGGAAGCCGCAGUGAAAUCGGUGAAAUAUCACCUGACUCGCACACUCGGAGAAUCAGCCUUCACGUUUGAAGAACUUACGACUCUUUUAACGCAAGUGGAGGAGAUUUUGAACUCGAGACCACUGGAGGCUCUAUCAAACGAUCCUCACGAUCUUUCAUCGCUCACUCCAGGUCACUUUCUCAUUGGGAGACCAAUCGUUGCCAUCCCUGAACCAUCACUCAUGGAUACAAAAGUAUCAAGACUCUCUCGCUGGCAGUUCAGUCAGCAACGUGUCCAGCAUUUUUGGAAACACUGGUCCACCAGUUACAUUCAACGCCAUUUAGCUCGCACCAAGUGGCAUCAUGCUCGCAACGACAUCAAACUCGGCUCGCUCGUCCUUCUCACUGAUGAACGAACUCCACCAACUCGCUGUCCACUUGCUAAAGUGACUGCGCUACAUCCAGAAAGGACAAUCUCACUCGAGUGGUUACCAUUCAAACAGCCACUGGUACUCUCACUCGACCGAUUGCCAAGCUCGCACUCUUGCCACUUGCUCCAGAACCAGAUGCCUAAAUCAUCGGCAAUCAAUUCAGCAAUCAUCAGGUACUCAAGAUCAUAA